ACAAUGUCAUUGCCGACUACAAAAGCAACAACUGCGACGGCAACCCAUGCAGUAGUGCAGGCCGUUGAAACAUAUAUUCAAAAUCAAAAUCUCUUGGGCAGCGUAGCUGAGCUAAAUGAUUUACUAAGUGAGUUAAUUGACAUGCACAAGGACAAUGAUUUGGCCCUUAAGCGCGUAGUACAAUGCAUUUAUAAUCUACUACUUGGCAACAACCGCUGGAAUGUUAAAUUUGGCUCCAAAGUGUUUCACAAACUUAUUUCGGUAGUCAUUGCUGACGCGCCGCUUAAAGAGGAUGUUGCUGCACAGACGCUACACCGGCAGUUAGUUGCCAACGUACUAGUCUGUGUGAAAAUGCACGCUCGCAAAUUUCCACGCACCGAAGGUACAUUUCUGUUGCGUCAGCUUUGGUCACUCAGCCAGAGCAGCGAGUGCCAGCCAUUUGCAGCCCAAAUAUUAGUACAGCUCUUUGAUGACUUUGUGACGGAGUUUACUAAACCUGAGGAAUUUGUUUGCGCAUCAGAGCUCCAUCAGCAUAUACAGAUUUUUUUGCAAACAGAGCUGCGCGAUCAACGCAAGUCGGCAUUCUUCCUGAUGCGUAAGCUACAAGCCAUACUCCAAUCGGAAACCACGGACCCAUCUGUUGGUAACUCUCUGCAUGACACGCUGCAGUGCAGCGUGCUGCAAUGGGCUGCCUAUAUAGACAUUAUGGAGAGCCUUGAGGAGCAACAGUCGCAUUUAGUGCUACCUACUCUAAACACGCUGCUGCCACGCAUUGCAGCAGUAACUGCUACCACUGCCACAGAGUCCCAACAAUGGCUAUGCUGGCAACGCAUACUAUAUGCUCGCCUGUUGAAGGACAAUAAUAUACUGGUGCUUCGGUGGACCUUAAACUACUUUUUCAAGCACUUCAACAUUGAAAAAUUAGGUCGUGUGCAGCUUCUAGAGCAGUUUUUGCAAGCUACAAAUCGCACACAGUUGUAUAAUGUGGAAGGAGACUCACUGGCAGCUGCUAAAUUAAACAUGGAUAAAUUUUUGCCAGAAAGUUCCCGGCCAGUAUUGUUGGAAGCAUUGGUAAAGGUUAAUUGGCAUGCCGUACCUUUGAUAUUUUGGUUGGAGCAACUGCAUCCAAAGAGCUGCGUUAACAUUAAUAAACGUUUACUGCUAAAACUUUGUGCUUGCGUGCGCAUACUGAAGAAUCCCACGUUGAGACAAAAGGCUAACGAACAUAUUUAUGUGCUAUUUGAACAUACACUUGAUGAGCUGAGGCUGGGUGAAUACAUGGUCUUUGUGGAGACGCUCUACAGCAGCGGCGAUCAUUACUAUAUGGAUUUUAAUAGAUGGCUGACUAAAAUGCGAAACUGCACGAAUAUUACAGAGGAAUUAGUUCACUUCAACAAGCGUUGCUUUGAAAUAAUGGUGCAAGAUUAUGCACUAGAUGAAAUAGUUGAAACAAUAAUUGGACAUUUAACAAAUGUACCUAAAUCGCUACAUGGUUGGUGGCGCUUGUUUCCCAUUUUUAUGCAAGAUCGUCUGGCAGUUGCAACGAAAUCCAUUUGCAUGAAUUUCUAUAGCAAUAACUAUAAUGUAAAUAUGGAUUUAUUGAGCACUGGACACAGUCUAGCAGAAAUGCAGCAACAUUUGUUACAUCAAUUGCACUGCGAAGGCGAUGAAGAAAAAUCUUUUGUGUUGUUGCAUAGUGUGGACUGCUUUGCUAAGGUGAAUCUGCAGCAGUGGAGUGAUAUGGCUAAACUAAACCUAAAUCCACUCGAUUUGCUGGAGCAAGGUGGUAGAGAAACUUGUAUGCAUUUGACGGCGCUUUUAUCUAAACACAAUAGUCGUCUGGAGCAUGACGAGCACUUGUUGGGUACUUUAAUAAAACAAAUAAAAACGCUUGAGAAUGCAGAAAAUGCAGCUAUCGGAAUAGCGAAGUACGCUUUCAAUCAGCUAAACACUGAUGAGUAUGAAGACGUCUUAAAGCAGUUGCUGAGUAAUCGUAAUGAUGCCAUGGUCUGUGCUAUAUUAACAACUGCUAGCAGGAUACCCAACGCCUGGAUCAUACAUGGCAUGCUCGAGGGUGAAAGCAGCACAGGAGAUGCACGCAUUGAAGAAUCAUUUGCACAUGAUCGAGCUGGAAAAUCAUGCAAUAGUUUAUAUCUACGUAACAUAUAUAUAUCAUAUGUCUUGAAACAAAGGACCACAGACAUGAAUGAAUUUCUGGCUGAGCUGCUAAGACUUAACACUGAGCUGAAUAUUAGAAAGCCACGAUACUUUGAAAAUUGUAAAGAGCAUCGCACAAAAAUACGCAUUGCCAGAGCUAUGCUUAUGAUGAGAGACUGUCUAAAGUGGACUGAUGAGUUGUGGUCAGCGUUAUUAUCGCCAAAUGAUCAGCAUAACAUUAGUUUUAUGUUCGAAUAUCUUGUCGCAAGCUUAUUGCCUGACAUUCAAGUAUUGCUAUUGGCACUGAAGUCUAGACGGAGCACGCUUAAGCCAAGUCAGCAAGUAUCCAUGAUAUCCGUUUUGCACAUAUUUUGUAUACGCAAUUGGCAGAAAAUUAGUGUGAACGACGUAGACGAGAUUUUCAACUUGAUUGUGCCACUGACAAUGGGGGCUCAUUAUCAGACACGGGUACUCGCUCAGCUCGUUUUGCACAGACUCGCAGUCAGGUGUGAAGAGAAUGGCAUUACCUCGCCUAUUGCUAGUUCUUUGAAAACCUGCAUUGAAAUUACCUUGGGAGCCAAGUUGCAGGAGUUGCAAAACGAGUAUCGCUUAACUCUGCCUGAAAUACUGCAAUAUGAUGCGCCAGCGGAUGUUAUUUUAUACAUGACUAAUACACCCUUUGAUGAAGUCAUACUAACGAACGUUCCAUUUGAUAAACUCAAUGGAAGCAUUGAGUCUUGCCGAGCAGUUUUUAAAGCUAAAAAGGGUUUUAACUCGGCCGAAGAAAAGUCACCGCUUCAGCUUGCCAAUAUUAAUGUACAGCGAAAAAUGAAUCCCAUCAAUGAUAUUUUCUAUAGUGACUUGGGAUCAGUUGAACUAUCUACUAAACACGAAUUUAUUGUGGUGGCCUCCUUAAUAGAUAAAUUGGCUAAUCUUGGCGGAUUAGCACGCACCUGCGAAAUAUUGGGCGUGAGAACUUUAAUAUUGGGCGUCAAAUCCAGCGCAAGUAAAAGCGAUUUCACCAACUUGAGCAUGUCCGCUGAGAAGCAUCUAAACAUAGAUGAAGUCAAACCUAAUGAUUUGGCCGCGUUCUUGAUUGAGAAGCAAUCAGCCGGUUUUAAAGUCGUGGGGGCUGAGCAAACAGCACAUAGUGUUAGUUUUGUAGACUUUAAAUAUCCUGAAAAAACGGUGCUUCUACUGGGUCAUGAAAAGCACGGUAUUCCGGUUGACUUGAUUGCAUUGCUCGACUAUGCUGUUGAGAUACCACAGUUUGGCGUAGUACGCUCCUUAAAUGUGCACGUAACUGGAUCACUCUUUAUUUGGGAAUACUGUAAACAACAUAUGACAAAAUCCUAGCGCGUAGAGGCAACAAAAGUUUUAACUGUGAUAUUAGCAAUAAUUUUGUACGAAAUUAAAUUGUUAAUGU